CGUCGGAACGUUCGCACGCUUUCCUUCGAAGUUGUUAAAUCGGUCGCGUAGUUUCACUCCUUUGAAUCAGUCUGAGUAUAAAACACGUGUGUGAAUAACUGUUAUCCUUGCCGUAAGAAAGGACUAUGAACUGGUGUAAAUUGUGGUCACCUUAAGGAAGUACAAACAAGAUUUAGUGGUUUCUGUGUGUUACGUAUCAGUGUAGCGGGCAGCUGAAUCCCGGGAUACCAAACCCUCACAAGGAUACAAAAUCAACAAAAAGCACAGGACAUAGAGCUUACUCGUCGGUGUGAAAAAGAUCAGCUCGUCAAGUUUAUAUCCAGCUACAGGAAGCAAACAGAUGAAUGUUUUUACAAACGUACAUCCUGGCUUUUUCAACGUAUAUUAGACUUUUCAUUUCGUUAUUAUCAUCAUUCAGUAUACAAUGACUGCAAAAAAGGACAAAGACUACAAGGGGCACAAACACGGAAGCGAACUUAGCGCAACAGCCUUAUCAUCAAAGUUAGACGGUCAUCUACAAAACGGUAAUUCUGCCGCAAGCAUCAUCACAUCUCAGGAUCCGCUCAAACGCACGAAUAAACCACUCAUGGAAAAGCGCAGACGAGCACGCAUAAAUCAGAGUCUCGCCAUACUCAAGGCGCUGAUACUGGAAUCGACGGUGAAGACUAAAACUGGCGAUGGACAGACGAAACAUUCCAAACUGGAAAAAGCCGAUAUUCUGGAGUUAACUGUGCGACACUUCCAGCGUCAUCGAAAUCUGGAUAAUCCUGCCGUAGAUAAGUAUCGCGCGGGCUACACAGAUUGUGCCAGAGAAGUCGCAAGGUACUUAGCUACUCCCGAACCACCUCCCCUGCCUAGUGUUCCCACGCUUACCGAUGCUGGUUCAAAAGCUCGGUUAUUACGUCACCUGGACAACUGUAUUGCUGAAAUAGACACCGAGAUUUGCCCGAAUAUUUUACCAAAUGGCAAAGCUUCAGACGUUACCAAAGUGGAAAAUAUUUAUGAAAACCAUGGAAGUUUGAAGACUACAAAGGACAUACUGGACUACAGUGGGCAAGAUUCGAAUCCGUUGGAUUUCAGUAAAACCAAUCGAGAAAUCGGAAGAUCUCCAUUUGCCUACAGAAGCCCAACAGCAGAUCUGACACUAAUGACUCCAACGCCCAAAGUACUCCAUCAGGAUGAGAAUAAUAAUCGCGGUAGUCAUCGAAAAAGUUUGCACUCACCACAACCUUUAUUGCCACACCAUCUCACGGAUGAUGUUACCCAUGGAACUGAUUUGGCCGCACAACCAGGAACCAGUUCGAGUCUUUCGUCAUUCACGGGCCACGUAUCGUUAAACAACAUGAUUAUAAGCCAACAGCAAAAACUUAUUGAGCUGACAAGUUUAAAGAACUGUAGGAUGGAUCCGGCUGCCAUCAAACAGGAACCAAGUACUUUACCAAACGGUUUCACCUCUAGCUCACCUGCUAUUCCAUCUCCAACGCCAUCAGCGGGAAAUAUGGAGUCGGAUAGAGAGGUCUCCAAUCACUCGGAACACGUACCCGCUAUGCCGUAUUCUCCACAAGUUCGAAUAAAUGACAGCCAAAUGGCACUGUUGAUACCGGACCACUAUAUCCAGCUAGCAACGGCACUUGGAUUGAAUACCCAGCCCAUGAUCGAACAUCCAAGCGCACACUCUGCAACUGAUUUCGAAACACUGAUCGAGCAAAACCGGCGACAAUCGGCGCUUCACGAGAAGAUGACUGCGGACAUACUUGCCAACUUGCACACCCUACCGGAGAAUGUCGAUGAAAACUACUGGGAGUUGUAUAAAAAAUCUCUAGGAAUUCCAGACUCUAUCAGUAAGAUGACUCUAGAAGAUGUUCGAGCACUAAUGUCGAGGUCAUCUCACAAAACACCCACGCCACCUCCAGCAGUUAGCAAAAUGGAGGUCGACGAGCCAGUAGAUAGGAAACCGGAUCCGGUUGCCGAUGUCGAGGAUGCAGAAACUGACUUGUCCAAUCACGGCGUCAAAAAAGGAAUGAAUCAUGGUAGUCCAAUUGCUUCCUCAUCGCGUGAUACCGUAGAGGAGAACCAUAGGCAACACACGGAAUCAGUGGUGGCACCUGGAAGUUCAUAUGAAAACAUAUCCUCCAAUGAGGAAACUUCACAUGAACACCAUAAUGAUGGAUCCAGUGAUGACAGCAUGUGGCGACCUUGGUAGAGUGCUAUCUCAGCAGUAGAAAAUUGUAAAUAGGAUCUUAUUAAUUUGUGCAAUAUCUAGCAAGUCGACUUAGCAUCUAGUGACGAGACAACCUCAAAGCUUUACACAUCCCAAACCUUCGAUAUCAUUCACAAACUACACGAACACGCGUGUUGACUACCUAUGUGCUACAAUAUAGACGUGUGCCAAUUCGUAACAUGAUCGCAUCUCAAACAGUGGCAUACAAUAGGGUGUAAGCUCUGCAUUAUAAAGUAGACAUUAAUUGGCAAAAGAUUACAAAAUUACCAUGCUUAUAGAAUUUCUAAAACUGCUUCUAGAAAUGGUUUUGAUUCAUACCUUAAACUAACAAUGAGCAUGUAGGAGAAGACUUCAUAGAAGAUAUUAGGACUUACGAGAACAGUGUAAUCACGAAUUGGAUACUGCAUGACACUAAACCAAAAACCGCAAACGUUCACAUCAAUUCAAAAUUGAUAUUGGCUCACAUGUAUUGUUGUUCAAUGUGUCAGGAAUAGUACCUUCAGUGGCUAACUAUGAAAAAAACUAAAAAUAUACACAGCAAUCCUUCGCAAAGCGCAAAACGGUCGAGUGAAAAAUAAAAGACA